UCAAGUCUAUGGUUCAACACAUCACUGUCGCUGGGGCGGAGUAUUACUGACCAAUGCGCUUCAGCUUUACUGCCGAGUCCACAGCUGAAUAACACCCGCUGAUUCAGAAUAUUUGAGCUGUGGUAGCAAGAUGGAUGCUGAACAUGAAGCCAAAGGUAAGGUGAGCGACCAGGCGAUGCAGAACCCACAGGCAUUGGCAGCUCUUCAGGACAAAAUAGACAGUGUCUCACAUAGUGCUUCCAUCAUGGACAGCUUACCAAAGUCUGUAAAAAGAAGAGUCAAUGCCUUAAAGAAUCUUCAGGUCAACAGCACGCACAUCGAAGCCAAGUUUUACAAGGAGGUGCAUGAGCUGGAGAGAAAGUAUAGCGCUCUUUAUCAACCAAUAUUUGACAAAAGAAGAAACAUCAUCUCUGGAGAAGUGGAACCCACAGAUGAGGAGUGUGAAUGGCAGAGUGACCAUGAGGAUGAAGCAGCAUUAGCAGAAGAUCUGAAGAAUAAAGCUGCAAUAGAGGAAAAGACAGAAGAUGCUAAUGAGGAGAAACCUAAGGGAAUUCCAGAGUUCUGGCUCACCAUAUUCCGGAGUGUGGACAUGUUGAGCGAUAUGCUGCAGGAGCAUGACGAACCAAUACUUAAACAUCUUCAAGAUAUUAAAGUGAUAUUUUCUGGUCCUGAUCAGCCUAUGAGCUUCACAUUAGAGUUCCAUUUUGAACCCAAUGAAUACUUCACCAACACAGUUCUCACAAAAGUUUACAAAAUGAAGUCGGAGCCAGAUGCAGAUGAUCCGUUUUUAUUCGAGGGACCAGAAAUCAUCGACUGCGAGGGGUGUGAAAUUGAUUGGCACAAAGGCAAAGAUGUGACGGUUAAAACAAUCAAGAAGAAGCAGAAGCACAAAGGCAGAGGGACAGCGAGGGUCAUCACCAAACAAGUGCCCAAUGACUCCUUUUUCAACUUUUUCAACCCUAUUAAAGUUUCACCAGAUAAAGAGUUGGAUGAGGAUUCGGAGUACACCUUAGCCACAGAUUUUGAAAUUGGUCAUUUCUUCAGGGAAAGAAUCGUUCCGAGAGCAGUCUUGUAUUUCACAGGAGAAGCUCUGGAGGAUGAUGAAAGUUUUGAGGAGGAGGAACUGGAUGAGGGUGAAGAGGAGGACCAAGAUGAGGAGGAUGAGGACGAUGAAGAGGAGGGAGAUUCCAAGUGACAGGCAUAAGUCAUUCUCACCUCAUACAUUUCUAGCCCGGGGAUCCUCAGCCUGCAGAGUGCAAACAACAGUAGUUUGGAGCGCUCACUCCUGCCACUGUCAAACCCCAUCAGCUCUGUAGUGCUGCAUACAGUCUCUGCUGAGCACCGUCCAACAAAACAAAACAUGAUGAUGCAGUACAUUGAAAAACAAGUUCGUUUUUUUUUUUUUUUUUUUUUUUUAUCCAGCAGAAUUAGCUUACUUUAAAAUUCACUUGCUAUAACAACAAACAGUAUAGAUAAAUUGGGCAAUUCCACAUUACAGUCUGCCUCAGAAUGAAUAUUUUAUAUAUAUAUAUAUAUAUAUAUAUAUAUAUAUAUAUAUAUAAUGUAUAAAACUAUUUUUUAAUUCAUGAUUUAGGCAUUUACUGAUGUCAGACAUGCUAUUGCAUAGCCAAAAAAAAUAAAAAAGUUGACAUGACACAGUUGACACAAUCUUGCAUUUUUGUUUAACUAGCAAGCAUUGUGUCUUCACAUUCACACAGGUGAAAUGUUAAGCCUGAAUUGAAAUAAAUGGGAUUGUAUUCUAACUUCCUGUGCACAUGUAACCUUUGUCAAGGUUGUUUGUAUUUAACAAAUAGUUUCUUUUCUCAAUUUUGAAGUGUUCUGUGUCAUAGGCAUAACCUUUUUUUACACAGCAUAUACCUAUUUAUGUACUUUUUGAACAAAACAGCAUGUUUAUGCACUUAUUUAUUUAUGGAAAUGUGUGGACAGUUGCUAGCUAGCUAACCAAACCAACUAAUGUAUCAAUGAUACCUUGCAGGCAUCAAGUAAUUGUGUUUAAUCAUAUCUGGCAUCUUUACUGACAGUUUUAUCUUUCUGUUGAAGAUCAUAAUUUAAAAAAAAAAAAAAAAAAAAAAAAAAUGAAUCCCUGCACUCCACUACUUUAAGUACCUAUAUACUUAAUUGAUGCAGUCUAAUUUUGUUUAUAUGUACUUAAAUAUAAGUUAUAUCCAUAAUGCUGGAAUUGCUCAAUUUAGAUAUGUAGUAGUCAAAGACAAUAGGGCGAAAGUCCACUGCCAAUGGUCACUGAAUUCUGAGUGAACUGCAUAUGAUUACAUGUCCUGAAAGUCACAUGUUUUAUGUGAUCAUAUUCUCAAGGCCGUUUUUUGAGAUACAACAUCACACCCCAAAGUUGACUGAAUAAUUUAUUUUGUGACUUUAUCUCAUAGGUUACUCAGGGUUUUUUAUGCCAAUAUGACAGUGUGCGAGUAUCCAGCAUUGUGAAACUGUUGAUAUCUAACUUGCUUAAUGUUCUCUUUUGUCUUGUAAAAGAAGAAAGUCUUUUAGUUAUUACAGAGUUAUUUAUAUAUCUUUUUUUCCCCCAUCUUUUUAUUACUGUUUUGAACUCUCUGUGUUGGUCUUGUGCUUCUUGGUGGAUCCCUAAGAGAAUAUGUUUUGCUGAUGUAUGUACUGUACCCAGUUGAUUAUAGCCCCUUUUAGCAUUUUAAAAAUGCUUUUGCUGUACUGCCCAAGCACUUACUAAAAAGAAAAUAAUUAAACAUGUUUAUUGCCAAA